AUUGCUAAUGGCUGUUAAAUGAGCACCAGCAUCCAAGUUGGUAGCAUCACAUGAUGAUUGACCUAAUAAUUUUUGCUUCAGUUGUAUUUGUCAAGAAUGUAAUGGAUACUUGUAGAUCUGUAGAUACCGAACUCAUCUUCUCUGUGAUUUAUACAUUUAGAUUCCUGAAGUCUCUCUUCAGGAAAAUGCUAACAGCUUAGAAUCUACAGAGGUACAACAGGAGACAUUAUUGUACUUGUUUCUUUUUCCUUUUGUGGACUUGAAGAAGGUAUCAAGAAACCUACAAGACCAGAACAGAGAAUACAAUUCAUCUGGUACCAGAACUAUGUACUUGGACAACAAAGAUGAUGGUGCAAUUACCAGAAACAUAGAUAUGGAAUUGGACUCCCACCACAUGGAUGUGCAUGGAGAUGGAGCAACAGAGCCAAUUUCUUACAAUGUCAGCAAACUGAAACUCUUGAAGGAGAUCAUGAUUGGUCAGGGAGCAUCACAUCAACCCUAUCCAAGAUUUGCACAAGAGCCAGACCAGUGUAUUACUCUGGAGAAAGAUUUCAGUCCUCUCGCUAUGCAACAGAGGUAUCGUUACAGUUUGCCAAAAUUCUUCAGUACAAGAUCAGAAGAUAACUGUUUUACAGAAAGGACUCCUCUGUUGAAAGCUUUCGCUAAAGGCAAUGGGUUAAGAUGUACAGAUGUUCACAAUACAGAUUUCAUCACAGAUGAUGACUCUUGGGAAAACAGUUCUGCUGAAUUUGAGCACAGGUCUCAGCCAGGAAGUGAAAUGACCAGCUUGUCCAGAUCUGCUUCCUGCUCAGAAAAAUGUGAAAUAUUGGACAAUUUUCAUGUCAAGUUCAAUUUAUCCAAGAUGAGAUGCUGCUUAAAACUCCUAAAGGUUUCGUGCCUUUUUAUCUUUGUAGUUAUAUGCUCUAUUUUGUUUAGUAUUCAUCCUGAAAACAGAACAUCUUGGCAGAUGCUGGCUGUUUCACCUGUGGACAUUUACACUGUGAACUUUAGCAGUUUCAGUGAUUCUGCUCUUUUAAAGGUAGAACUGGGAGGGCCCUUUGUAACCGAGCGACAACCAAAAGAUUAUAUUGUAGUUCAAAUUGGACAAAUAGAAGACUCCAGUCCUAACAGGAGACUUCAACAGCAAAUCUUAUAUAAUUGGACUCUUGCAUUAAAUCUGAAGAAAAAUGAGCAAGUUAUCGUGACUAGAAUCUUUGAGACAAUGAAUAGAAAAGAAACCUCCCUAAGAAUCCAGUCAUUUCUUCAAGAAUCAGAAAUCAUUCCUCUUUCUAUGACAUAUCAGUAUCUUCAUGCAAAUAUAGAAGCUCAAGUCACAAUAGCUUCAGUCAUUUUAGCAGGUGUUUAUGUUCUGAUCGUGUUUGAGAUUGUCCACAGGACAUUAGCUGCAAUGCUGGGAUCUUUGGCUGCCUUGGCUGCCUUAGCUGCAGUUGGUGAUAAACCGAGCCUGAUCAAAGUAGUGGCAUGGAUUGAUUUCGAAACUCUGGCACUAUUGUUUGGAAUGAUGCUUUUGGUUGCUAUCUUCUCUGAAACUGGGUUUUUUGAUUACUGUGCAGUAAAGGCUUAUAGACUUUCACGAGGUAAAGUGUGGGCCAUGAUUAUCAUUCUCUGUUUUUUUGCUGCAAUUCUAUCAGCCUUAUUGGACAACGUUACUACAGUGCUCCUCUUUACUCCAGUAACUAUAAGAUUAUGUGAGGUGCUCAAUCUUGAUCCCAGACAUGUUCUGAUUGCUGAAGUUAUCUUCACAAAUAUUGGCGGGGCUGCUACAGCUAUUGGGGAUCCUCCAAAUGUGAUUAUUGUUUCAAAUCAGGAACUCAGGAAGAUGGGAUUGGAUUUUGCUGCAUUUACGGGGCAUAUGUUUAUUGGAAUUUGUCUUGUACUUCUGGUUUCCUUUCCUUUUCUACGACUACUUUACUGGAACAAGAAACUCUAUAACAAAGAGCCAAGUGAGAUUGUUGAACUGAAACAUGAAAUCCAUGUUUGGAAGCUGACAGCCCAGAGAAUUAACCCGGCAAGCAGAGAAGAAACAGCUGUGAAGUGCCUCUUAAUGCAAAAAGUUAAAACUCUAGAGUUCUUGCUAAGGAAAAAGCUCAAAACUUUCCACAGACAAAUCUCACAAGAAGAUAAAAACUGGGAAACAAAUAUCCAGGAGCUCCAAAAAAAGCACAGAAUAACAGACAAGUUGCUUCUCAUCAAAUGCCUGAUGGUUUUAGGAAUUGUUAUUCUGAUGUACUUUCUCAAUUCAUUUGUUCCAGGAAUUCAUUUAGAUCUUGGAUGGAUUGCUAUGUUGGGAGCAGUGUGGCUUCUUGUGCUAGCCAACUUUCAUGAUUUUGAAAUGAUUCUGAACAGAGUGGAAUGGGCGACCCUCCUUUUCUUUGCAGCAUUAUUUGUUUUAAUGGAGGCUUUGGCUCAUCUUCAUUUAAUAGAAUACAUAGGAGAACAAACAGCUUUGUUGAUAAAGGUGGUCCCUGAAGAGCAACGCUUGACAGUUGCUAUUAUUUUAAUUCUGUGGGUCUCUGCAUUGGCAUCAUCUCUAAUUGAUAAUAUUCCAUUCACUGCUACAAUGAUUCCUGUACUUCUCAAUCUAAGUCAAGAUCCUGAAGUUAACUUACCUGUAAAACCAUUGAUCUUUGCAUUAGCCAUAGGUGCCUGUCUUGGAGGUAAUGGGACAUUGAUUGGAGCCUCUGCAAAUGUCGUUUGUGCAGGCAUUGCGGAACAGCAUGGCUAUGGCUUUUCUUUCAUGGAAUUUUUCAGGUUGGGAUUCCCCAUGACUGUCAUAUCCUGUACCAUUGGAAUGUGCUAUCUUCUUGUUGCUCAUGUUGUAUUGGGUUGGGCUUAAAUUUUAUAUGUUGAUUAUGUACUAUAUGAACAAAAUAUUCUCUCAAACCUUUUCAGUUUUUGUUAAAUCUUUUGAACAAUGAAAGAAAAGCAGAUUUUUUUUUAAAAAAAAUGUUCCAACUUGGCUUUCCAUCAUGUGCAAAAAAUCUAGUUUCUGAAUGAAAUCAAGCAUUGAUUUGGUAGGAAAAAAUUUAGUCUGUCUCAAGACUGAGAUAAAUAGAACCAUGUGGAAUGCAAGUCACCAUAAUUUUACUUAACUGGUGAUAGCUUUAUGAUUACCAUGUCAAACUCUGAAGGGUUUUGUACUAAUUUAUAUUGCAGUUGGAAAUAUUGUGGUCUGUAGAUGAAAUGGAACAUGAGAAAAGGAAGGAAGAGAUGCCACCUAGGAAACAAUUAGACAAGAGAGGCAGGAGAUCCCAAUGACUUAACAGCAGUAGUGAAAUCCAAUUUUUUUUUUACUACCUGUUCUGUGGGCAUGGCUUGGUGGGCAUGGUGUGGUUUAGUGGGUGUGGCUUGGUGGGCAUGGCGGGGGAAGGAUACUGCAACAUCUCCAUUCCCACCCCACUCCAGGAGAAGGAUACUGCAAAAUCCUCAUUCCCUCCCCACUCCAGGUGGAAAGGUAUUGCAAAAUCUCCGUUCCCACCCCAUUCUGGGGCCAGCCAGAGGUAGUAUUGGCCAGUUCUCUGAACUACCCAAAAUUUCUACACCCAGUUCUCCGAACUGCUCAAAAUUUCUGCUACCGGUUCUCCAGAACCUGUCAGAACCUGCUGGAUUUCACCCCUGCUUAAUGGUCAAGCUUACAAAGGACCUACACUAAUGGGUCAAGCAUUCAAAAGUGUUUGUGGGAAGUUUGCGCCUUCAGAUCUGCUAGAUUCUGUUAAUGUGGCAUUACAAUAAAGUAGUUAUAUUUCCUGUUUGAUUUACCCAGGAGGGCUGAUAGCACAGUGAAGAAAUUACCAUAUCAAAACUAGAUUAAAAUCCUUCCCUUUGAUAUGUCAAUUUGGGGUCUCCGGUUUAAAAAGGCACAGAUGAACAAAAGUCAUGUAUCCCUUUGGAUAAUGUGCUCUGGUUCUAAAUCAAUGUUCCUCAGAUGUGUUUCAGAUAUACUUCCUGAUAGUACUUAUGGCUAGGUGAAAUGUAUAAAGGAUAACUUUUCACAUCCCCCAAAUAAUGAUUUGGUAAGAUAAUUUGACUAACCAGACAUUUAAACAUUACCUUUUUAAAAAUAUGCUUGUGGGUAAUGAAGCUGAAUAAAUACUAGAUCUAUAUUUUCUGUAAAGAUCAUUAUGCAGUAAUAAUAAACCUUUCUGCAAUGGUUCACCCAAAACAUUCUCAAAGGAGGGAGAUUUAUUAAUUAACGCUCAAAUAAAUAUACAUAAUUUCAUGAUAAUCUAUAUUAAUUGAAGCAUGAAUGUACAUGGGAUUAUAUUUUCUCCUGAAAUUUUGGAUUGCUAAAUUUUGUGUGUAGUCAUGAGUAAAAAUCUUGCUAUUGCAGAUAUUUUCUGUUUUUCAUUUGGACUUUAUUUUGUCUUGGUGAUAUGUUUAGCAAUUUGUAGUGUAAACUGCUGAUAUUCACCUUAUGCUUACUGUGAUAAAUAUGUAAAUAGGGACACUUUGCAUAAUGAAAUUACUUCAUUGUUUUAAAAUGAACAAUGAUUUGAAAUUGAAUAAUUAUCCCUUUUAAUUUGGCUCAUAGUUUUCUACCAGUGUCAGAAGAAUUGUUAUUCGCUCAAAUGCAUAUGUAUAAACAAAAUGAGCUACAUUUUGGACAAUUAUCAUGGGUAUUUACCUAAGGCUAUAUGUAAACAGCUUAAUUUUAAUAUAUUUAGUAGUAAUGGAUUCAUGUUUGCUUAUUGUUGCUCUAGCUAAGCAGGACAGUUUAAGAAUAGGAAACUAAUUAGAAUAUUUUGAUGGAUCAAUAUAGAAGUGGAGGAUGACUUCUCCAUAGAUUGAAGCAGUGCAUCCAUUAUGCUCUCAUAUCUACUUUCCAAAUCUAGGAAGAGUUGCUAUCUUUUUGACCCUCUAUGAUUUGCUUUCUGACUGCCUGUUCCAUUUAAAAUGUGACUUGGCUUGUAAUCAGUACUAACUUCUCUAUGAUGUAAUAAAACAAUAUUGUAUUGUAAUAAGUACUUUUCCCCCAUAUGAAGAUUGUUCUUUGGAUUGGUUCUACUGACUCUUAUGAGCUAUUAUAGGUUCCUACCCACAUGGCACUAGAUUGAUGAUAAAUGUCUUACGAUAUCAAAGCACAAAUCCUUCAUCCUUUCUCAUGUACAUCACAGUGUCUCACAAAAGUCUGUAAUGGUGGCAGUGGUGGGAUUCCAGUAAUUUAACAACCGGUUCUCUGUCCUAAUGAUUUCUUCCAACAACCAGUUUGCCAAACUGCUCAGAAAGUUAACAACCGGUUCUCCCGAAGUGGUGUGAACUGGCUGAAUCCCACCACUGAAUGGUGGAUAUAGCAUUAUAAUGCUGCAAUGCAUAUAUCAUCUCUCUUUCUCUUACAAACACACACACACACACACACACACACACACACACACAC